AUGCAGCAACUGCUUCAGCUUCAACAGGCCGAUCCGUCACCCUCACACUUUCACACCCUGAAAUCGUCUCACCCGUCCGGUGCUGCUGGCGUAGCUGGCACAACGGAUGCAGGCGGAGUGGCAGGAGUGAAGGGAGCAUUGGGAGAAGCUGGAGCACUGGGAGCAGCAAGUGCUGCAGUGACAGCCAUGGCUCAGCAGCUCUCCGCCUCUACGCUUCACGGAACCCAGCGCCCCCAUCAGUCUGCCCUGCGCGCGGACCGCCGGCAGCUUUUCGACAGCCUCUGGUUGGAGGACAGCGAUUCGCUCGCCUCGCCUGCAUGCGCCGCGGAGGCUCCGGCUAUCAGCAGUGCUGGCAAGCGGUCGUGGGGGCGAUCUGUGAAGGACACGUGGCGGAAGCAGCAGGAGCAGUUACAGGUGCAGCAGCAGCAGCAGCAGCAGCAUGUGCUGAAGCAGUUAGAGGUGCAGCAGGAGAAGAAAGCAAGCAAGGCGGCUGCUGCUCUGGCAGCCAAGGACGGGCUGGCUCAACUUGAAGCGUUCAUGGAAGCUUCCAUGGGAAGAACAGCGCAUUCCAACAUUGCUCGGGAGGAGGAGGAUCUGAGAUCGCUGGAGGCGGUGGUCAUGGGGCUUCAGAGUGCAUGCCUGCAGGGAAUGGAUUCUGCCGCUGCCGCUGCUGCUCCUGCUGCUCCAACUACUUUGAAUGAGCCCGGGGUAAUUUUUGACUGA